AUGCUGUCUUUUUCUCUAGUAAACCGCUCUCUAAUAAAACCUAUCCGACUAUCUAGAAUUACACUACUAUCGAGUCUACACCCUAGAAAAUGUACAGCAAGGCCUUUAUUUAAGCACAGAUUGAAUCGUUUCUAUGCUACCGAUUCGGAAAAUACCAUAUCCAAACCCGACCUUUCUUUGGUGAAAUCGAGUGAUAUGGAUCAACGAUUUCGAGACCUUGAAGGUUCCCAUUUCGAUACCUAUAGCUUUUUUAAAACAUUGGUCGAAGGUGGUUAUAACGAAAAAGAAGCAGAAGCUUUUCUGGACGUUACGAAUAUGUUUAUAACUGAACUCUUACGACACAGCCAUAUGACCUAUUUAUCAGAAGCCGAUUUUGAGAAUUUUUCCUAUUUAUUUCGAACAGCCCUGUCAGAGCUUCGUUCUGAAAAAAUAAAUAUGAGAAAAGAUCAAAUUAGCACACUUCGUGCUGGCCUAUUUUCAAACCAGCGUGAGGUUGAAGGUUUAGAACAACUUGUUCAUGAACAUCUUAACAAGUUAGGCACCGAAAGUAAAAUGGAAUUUGAAAAUAGGAAAAACGAUACUCGCAAUGAUGUUCAACAGCUUAGUGCGAAAAUUGUAGAGUUACAUAACUUGCUAUCUGUUUCCUUAGGAAAACUUCGAGCCGAAAAUGAGAAACAGAAAUGGGAGCAAAUUAGGAAAGCUGCUGUUGUUGUAAUGUCGUUUACUGGUUUCUUGGUAUUAGUUAUACCGUUAGGUCUUCGAUUCCGCAGCAAAAAGAAAGAACGGGCAUACAAUGUUGAAGAACUGAAUGAAUAUGGACAAGAUAGAAAGAGAGAUGAUUAUCCAGACAGCACUAUCUCUCAUCUUUAG